AUGGAACGCAGCACUAUCCAAGCCAAGUCAAACCCCCUCCCUCGGGGAGUCUACACUCCUGUCGUCACCCUCUACAAGGCAGACGACCCCAGUCAGCAAGUAGACCAUGAAGCAAUGCAAACACAGUGUCAAGCCCUCAUUAAGGCUGGUAUGCAUGGUCUCGUCUACCUGGGAACCAAUGGCGAGCUAGUCCUUCUUUCACGGGAAGAGCGCAAGGCCAUCAUCAAAACGGCUGCUCAGGCUGCAGCUGCAGUUGGUGGGAAAGACUACCCCAUUGUGGCAGGCAUUUCAGCACAGUCCACUCAAGAGUCAAUCCAAAACGCCAAAGACGCAGCCGAGGCGGGCGCUGGGUUCGGUCUGCUUCUCCCUCCCAGUUACUGGGCCAAGGCACUACCUAGUUCCGCAAUUGUCGCCUACUUCAAGGAGGUGGCGGCGGCUUCACCGAUUCCCAUCGUUAUCUACAACUUCCCUGCAGUCACAUCAGGGAUUGAUCUGGACUCUGAUCAACUAGCCACCCUUGCCGCUGAGCCCAAUAUCGUAGCGGUCAAGCUCACGUGCGGAAACGUCGGCAAGGUCACUAGAUUAACAGCGCUCUUCUCCCACGAGCAAUUUGGCGUUUACGGAGGAAGUAGUGAUUAUCUUCUACCCACCCUUGCUGGUGGCGGAAGUGGUUGCGUGACGGGAAUGGGUAACAUCUUCCCCGCCAGUACAGCAGGAGUGUACGAUCUGUGGAAGGCCGGACAGAAUGACGAGGCAUACAAGCUUCAGGGUCUGGUGGCACAUGCUGAGUGGGCCUGUAAGAAGGGUAUCUCCAACACGAAAUAUGGAGCGUGGUACUUCUUUGGUAAAGAUAUUGGUGUGGAUAAUGAGAGCUCGUGGCAGAUGAGAAGACCAUACCAGGGUUUGGAUGAUAAGGCCAAGGAGUGGACUGUUAGGACACUGGGUGUCCUUGCUCAAACUGAGAAGCAGAGAAUCAUUGAGUCAAAAGUCAACACCAAGAUUGUUCCAAUGGCUCCUCACAGCAACUCGCUCUCGGAUGAGAAGGAUGUUGAGGCUAAGGCUUCUCAUCUCGACAUGGUUACCAACAAUGGUAUCUCUGCUGAAGAUCUCGAAUUUGUGGCCAACUUCCCUGAGGAGAAAAAGAAGAAGGUCUUGGCAAAGAUUGAUUGGCGACUCAUGCCUAUGUUGGCUAUUCUCUACCUCGUCACAUACAUCGACAAAGCGAAUAUCGGAAAUGCAAAGAUCGAGGGAAUGCUGCCUGAUCUCAAGAUGAACGGAGAACAAUAUAACAUUGCUCUUUCCAUCUACUUUAUCCCUUACAUUCUCGCCGAGGUCCCUAGCAACAUGGUUCUCAACAAAUUCGCCAAGCCUUCUCAGUACAUGGCUACUAUCAUGUUCAUCUGGGGUAUCGUCGUUGUCUGCACUGGUCUGAUCCACAACUUUGGUCAGCUCUGCGCUAUCCGAAUUCUUCUUGGUCUUUUCGAGGCCGGCUUCUUCCCGGGUGCUAUCCUCAUCAUCUCGAAAUGGUACCUCCCUCACGAGACCCAAACCCGAGUCGCCCUCCUCUACACAUCCGCAGCCACAGGCGGUGCCUUUUCCGGCCUCUUCGCGUACGCGAUCGCCAAGAUGGACGGCGUCGGCGGCCAGGCCGGUUGGAGAUGGAUCUUCUUCAUCGAAGGAAUCUUCACCAUCGUCAUGUCCUUCGUCACAUGGUUCCUCCUCAUCGAUUCGCCCACUCUCUCAUACUGGCUUACCGACGAAGAGAAGCGAUACCUCACCCUCCGCCAGGCUUCACGAAGAGUUACCAACUCUGGCGAAUACCGCGAGAAGACUUUCGACAAGGGUGCUCUGUUUGCUGUCCUCAAGGACUGGAAGGUUUAUCUUCUUACCAUCAUGUCUUGGUCCAACGCUGCUCCCAACUACGGUCUCAAGUUCUCUAUGCCUUCUAUCACCAAGGGUAUGGGUUUCUCGUCUAGCAACGCUCAGCUCAUGACUAUCCCUCCUUAUAUGUGCGGAGCUAUCUCUUCCUACCUCAUCGCUCGAACUGCCGACCGCUGCAAGUGGAGAAUGCCCUUCAUCAUCGGACCUCAACUCUGUAUCAUUGUCGCGUUCUCUAUUUUGAUGACCAAGGCCGAGUUCAUCACUGAGAACCUUGGAGUUUGUUACUUUGCAGUCUGUCUCGCCUGUUCAGGCAUGUACCCUAUUCUUCCCGGUGUCAGCGCCUGGAACAUCGACAACACCCUCAACCCCACGAAGCGAGCCAUCAGUAUCGGAUAUCUGACCUGCGCUGGUACGAUCGGUGGUAUUUAUGGAAGCUACAUCUAUAUCGAGAGCGAGAAGCCCAAGUACACCACUGGGUAUGGAGCGUCUCUGGGCUUUGCCGUUGCUGGUAUUCUGGCGGCUGCCACGCUCGAGUCUGCCUUGGUGAUGAUUAACAAGAAGAGGGCCAAGCUGAGCGAGACUGAGAUUCGGAGCCAGUAUACCGAGGAUCAGCUUGAGGACAUGGGCGAACACAGCCCUCUCUACCGGUACAAGCUGUAA